AUGGACGUUACGACGACGAAAAAAAGGAAACGGGCCGCCACUGCACGUAAGGAGCGCAUCUGGCCCGAUGGGAUCAUUCCCUAUGUAAUAGCUGCGAAUUUUUCAGGACGUCGGGAAGACGGUCCUCAGGCCAUAUCGAUAGGAAAGAAUUGCGACAAGUUCGGCAUUGUGGUCCACGAACUCGGGCAUGUGAUAGGGUUCUGGCAUGAGCAUACUAGACCGGAUCGUGACCAUUAUGUCGACAUAUUCUACAAAAGACAGGAUUACAAUUUCGAGAAAUCGAAACCGGAAGAGGUCGAUUCACUUGGUGAGCCUUACGACUUCAAUUCCAUUAUGCACUACGCUCGUGACACAUUCUCUCGUGGUACUUUCCAUGACACGAUCCUACCAAAGCCCAGCUCAGGGUUUCGAUCCGAGAUUGGUCAGCGUGUGCAUUUGAGCGACGGUGACAUUCGUCAAGCGAAGAAACUAUACAAAUGUUCAGAAUGUGGAAGCACCCUUCUUUUCGAGACUGCCGAACUAAUAACAUCAAGCUCUGGUAGGUGCGUUUGGCAUAUCGUGGCUCCUGAAGGUCAAACGGUGUCUCUAAACAUCACCGGUGCUUUCCUGAUUUUUCCUUCUAAUGGGUGUCUAGAAGAGACGAGCGACACAAUUAUCGUUAGAGAUGGUUAUUCAGCGAAGGCACCAUUGCUAGACAAGAUUUGUGGUGACGAGAUCGGUUACCGAACUAUUACAUCAUCUGGUAGUCGACUGUAUGUUGAACUUCAUUCCAUUUCACCCCCACCACUUUCUAUUGGGAAAUAUUUCUCAAUGUGCGGUGGUCUAAUUUUUGCAGAUCAUGGUGUAAUUCAGAGUCCCAGGUAUCCUGACGCUUAUCCGUCAAAUUCCGAUUGUUUGUGGACAGUACACGUCUCAGAGGGCUAUCAAGUUGCCGUUGAAGUUGUCUAUUUUCAUCUUGAGCAGCACAAGGAAUGCGUUUACGAUCGUGUAGUGUUCUGGGAAUCUUCCGAAGUAGAAUCUCCUUUGAUCACUCUGUGUGGUGUUGUUACGAAUAGACAAAUUGUAACAAGGAAAAGUAAUCAAAUGGUUAUUAGAUUUUUUUCUGACAAUUCCGUGCAGAAAUCUGGUUUCGAAUUGGAGUUUGUAAGAGAAUUAGAUGAAUGUGCCACCGGAUUGCAAGUUUGUGAGCAUCGUUGUGUGAAUACAGUUGGAAGCUUUCGAUGCGAUUGCCACAUAGGAUACAGCCUUCGCCCGGAUGGGCGAACAUGUGAAAGCACAUGUGGAGGCUUUCUACAGACCUCUUCUGGUUCAUUUUCCUCUCCUAAUUACCCACAGCACUAUCCAUCGUCAAAGGAAUGUGUUUGGGAAAUCGAAGCUGAAGAUGGAUAUCAGAUUUUUCUGAAUUUCACUACAUUCAAUAUUGAGGGAAUGAAAACUGAAUGUUCGUAUGAUUAUGUGAAGAUCGGUGAAAGCGAAAGGAUGUGUGGAGAGUACGCUGAACCACUGCUUUUCACCUCGACUUCCAAUCGUGUAAGAGUAGAGUUUGUAUCCGAUUCAUCUGUGGAAAGAACUGGCUUUUUGGCUAACUUCAUUGCCGAUCUGGACGAGUGCCAAACAGAUAACGCUGGAUGCGAACAUAUUUGUCAAAAUAGGCUUGGUUCCUAUUUAUGUCUAUGUCACAUUGGUUACAUUCUUGCUGAUGAUGGUCACAAUUGCAAGGAGGGAGGAUGUUUCUUCGAGCUCAAUUCACCGAGCGGUAGAGUUUCCCUCGGGCUCCGUUUUUUGUACUUUGAUCUAGAACAGGUUUCUGUUUCUUUCAGGCAAGGUGUCGACUCCUAA